AGUCACGACUACUUCUCAACCAGCUCGACCUAUCACGAAUCCGUGCCCAUAACGACCAAUGCUCUUUGAUUCGGGACGGUGCCGAUGAGACUCACACUCGACAGUAUGAGAGCUCCAGAUGACAAGUCAUAACCUGAGACAGCAUUUGACCUGGCUUCUGUCUUCAAAACCAUUCAUUCCUCCUCCAUCAACCCAACAGCGCGCCACUCGCUCAUUCGAGAGCUACCCAAGCUCUGCGACGCUUCAGAACGACAUCCCCGCUACCGAUGUAACCCAUAUUGCUCGAGACAAUGAUACAUCAUCUCGGAGGGAUCAUCUACAUCAGGAGAAUCAGGGUGCCCCGCACCGUGGCGGGGAACAGUCUGUGGACGACAUGGCCAGGCUCAAGAUUGGUCCCAGCUCUGCUUCGAAGCCUCGAAUGCUGAUGCUUGCUUCGCCAGACGUCAAGUCUACAUCCAUCAAGGCUACGCAGGGCCAUCGAGGAGCUGUUGUUGGGGAGGGUAAGAAGUUUCAUCAGAAUGCCGAGCGCCAAUUCACAAGACCCAUAGAGGACGCUUCUCCAACCGAGCCAGGACCCUACAAGAAGAGAGCAAACCCCAUAGACAUACAUCAAUUGCCACCUACUCCUUCCCACAAAUUUCACACCGUUGAUCUGACAGAGGAGCGCCCCGCCAAAUCACAGCUCAGUAAGAAGAGAACGAGCGAGGAAUAUGGAUUCGAUACACCAUCCAGGCGUCAUAAACCAAAGAAGAUCAAGGACGAAAGACUUCUCACUCGAGAGCUUUCUAGCCCCUCAAGGGCAGAAUUUGUUUCAAUCGACGACUUCGACCAGCCAAACGACCCCCCGCCGCCGUACUCAACAGUCGCGCGGUCUCGUCCUGUCUUGCAAGCAGACGUAGCUCCUUUUGAUGCUGCACUCGAUGAAUAUGACGAAUCAUUAUUUGACGGGCACGAUGACGAGGAAUGUGUUAUCGAAGGAAAGGUUCUGUUUCGCACGAGCUCCAGAAAGUCCCCCAGUCGAUUAGCAUCAGGCACACGGAUUACCGACGGGACCGAAAGUCUUAAUGCACCUCCAUCGCCUAGGCACACUCCACCAAAGACUAUACAUACCGUCGAACAGUCUAAGAAACCUCAAGUCCGAGCAAAGGCGCGGGUAGUUGAAGAUUCGGAAGACGAGUACGACAUCGAUAUGUCAGAUCACGAACCAGAGACAGCUCAACCCCAAAACAAAACUUUUUCCUCUCCGCGAAAACCGCUACGAACCACUGAGCCGGCCGGUCAAUCAGUCAGAACGAACCUUGGAAGUCCAACAAAAUCUCCGCUGUGUACGGCGCCGCCGCCUAGAGUACGAAGCCAAAGCCCCGAGAAAGCUCAGAUGGUGCAAGAAGUCGAGUCUGCACUCUUACUGCGAAGAAACGAGGCUGACCCUGCUGCUGAUGCAAACCGCAUGGUGUCUGAUCCCACGAAGACACCCAUCUUCAGUUCCCAAAGCAUAGGCACGACUAGCUUGUCUAUGGAAGAGAAAGCCAAAGUCGAUAUCUUCGUUGGCUGGCCUGACUCGGAAAUGCAAGAGUUGGUCAACGAAGCACGAGCGAGAGUUGAUCAACUAGAGGAAGAAGCCCUUGAACAAGAAUUCACCGGUACUUCUGCACCCGAUUUGGCCGCCCAGACUGAUAAAAUCAAAGUCCGCCUUCAGAGACUUGAGUCGUUACAGCGCUUGACAAGAGUGCAUAGACGUCAUGUAGAGAGAAAAGAUAAGCUUUGGCAGAAUUUACAGGCAGUCUUCAGUGAAGGUGGUAUGCCAGAACAAGCGGAGAGUGAUGAAAACAGAGAUCUCACAAACCGUAUUAAGAAGACAUCGGCAACCAUCUUCAUGUCGCUGCAGGAGCUGGGAAUCAUUGACAGCACAGGGCACAUCUGGAACGUGCGUGAUCCAUCCAAACCUACUCGAGUGAUGGUGCACUCGACGCAAGUGAGCCCAUUCAACGGUGUGGGACCCGAGCCUGUGCUGAGUUCGAGCGGUAUUCGUCAGACACAAUAUGCAGGUAAUGCUCAAAUCAAAACUGGAGGAGCGGACAACUUUAUCAAUAGUCGAAAAACCAGCCAUAUUCCGCGACCAGACCAGUCCGGAAGACAGAGCCCUUUGCAGCAAAUACCUCACAAAGCGCCAUCCCACAGAAACCCAUCCCCUACUAGGAAUAAACAGUACGUCCAUGAGGCUGGUUUCGAGGACGAUGCAAACCUGUUUGAAAAUCAAGUCUUCACUCACAACAUGGGUGGCAUAGUCCAUUCAAUCAGUGACGACGAAGAGGAAACGUACGGGGAUUCGGACGAAGAAGGAAUAUUCGCAGAGAUUCCGGAUUCUGCCACUGAAAAUAUUGAACCACAUCGGGUUGUACCCCAACCUAAUCCCUUUUUAAAGCCAGCGAUUCCGUUGAACAGGCCGAGCAAGAUUCUAUCAGAAAGCUCUGGAAAUCAGGCCAAACAGCCGUACGCCUCACAGCAUAGCACGCAAGGCAAGUCACAAGCAAAAGGAAGCAGCCCGAAACAACGGCAUAAAUGGACGACAGAAGUACACCGAGUGCUGAAGAAUACAUUCCACAUGAAGGGCUUUCGUCCACAUCAAGAGGAAGCGAUCAACGAGACCUUGGCUGGGCGAGACGUCUUUGUUCUCAUGCCUACUGGUGGCGGGAAAUCUCUCUGCUACCAACUCCCGGCUCUUGUCAAGUCUGGGAAAACUCGUGGGGUCACAGUCGUGGUCUCACCUCUUCUGAGUCUCAUGGAAGACCAAGUGACUCACUUGAAAGACCGACUAGGAGUCGCGGCCUUCUUUAUCAAUGGCGAAAGUACACGAGAGCAUCGUAACUUCGUCACCAGUGCCCUGAGGGAUUCAAGGGUGGAAGAUUACAUCAGUAUGCUCUAUGUCACGCCUGAGCUGCUCAGCAACAGUCCUGGCACAGUCCGAGCGCUGCAUGACCUGUACAAUAACGGCCUUUUGGCAAGGCUGGUCAUUGACGAGGCACAUUGCGUCAGUCAAUGGGGUCAUGACUUCAGGCCAGACUACAAAGCUCUGGGCGAGGUUCGGAAACAGUUUGAGGGCGUGCCGUUAAUGGCGCUGACUGCCACCGCUACCGAGAAUGUCAAGGUCGAUGUUCGUCACAAUCUGGGAAUGGGAAACUGCAAAACCUUGACACAGAGUUUCAAUCGACCUGGACUGGAGUAUGAGGUUCGAAAGAAGUCUCGAGGGAUUCUCGGCGAGAUUGUCGAGUUCAUCAAGGCCCGGCACCGUGGCAAAUGUGGCAUCAUAUACUGUCUGUCGCGGAAGAAGUGUGAAGACGUGGCGGCCAAGCUGACCAAGGAGCACGGCAUGAGAGCCAGUCACUUCCACGCUGGAAUGACGCCGGCUGAUAAGAGUCAGACGCAGCGAGACUGGCAAGCAGGCAAGAUCCACAUUGUCGUGGCCACAAUCGCUUUCGGCAUGGGCAUCGACAAGCCGGAUGUCCGGUUUGUCAUACAUCACAGUAUACCUAAAAGUCUGGAAGGCUACUAUCAGGAGACUGGGCGAGCUGGACGCGAUGGCAAGAAAUCCGAGUGCGUUCUCUUCUAUGGCUAUCAAGAUGCUGUAACGCUCAAGAAGAUGGUCGAUGACGGCGAAGGCGACCGACAGCAAAAGGAUCGGCAGAACCAGAUGCUCCGCAAAGUCGUUCAAUUCUGCGAGAACCAGAGCGACUGCCGCAGGGCGCAGGUACUUCUGUACUUCAACGAGCCCUUUACAGCCUCUCAAUGCCGCAAGACGUGCGAUAACUGCAGAUCAUCGUCCAGGUUCGAGAUGGUAGACUUUUCUGAAUACGCCGCAGGUGCCAUACGCUUGGUUGAUAUUCUGAAAAAGCAGGUGACUGACCGAAACGGAUUCACGCUUCUGCACUGCGUCGACGUCUUUCGUGGUGCAAAGAACAAGUCUAUCACAGAUCGAGGUCAUAAUCGAUUAGAGGAGUAUGGGCAGGGGUCUGAUCUAGCUCGCGAAGACCUUGAACGUCUCUUUUACCAUCUGAUAAGCGAGAACGCGUUGCAGGAGUAUAGCGUGGUGAAUGCAAAGGGGUUUGCCACCAGCUACCUGACGAUUGGACCUAGGUUCCGUGCAUUCCUAGAAGGCAAGGUUCCUGUGCAACUACAAGUGCGUGUGACGCCUCGGGCAUCUAGAGUGGUGGAUAAGCUCGGGCCGAAGAAGACAAGCAAGAAGAAAGCAGCUACAGCAGCAAAGUCUACCACUGGGGUGAAGGCUGCUCGGGCAAUGCCGAUAUCGACCAAUGUGUCCUCGCCCGUCCAGAUGUCCUCACGGCGCAAUGCAGUAAAGAAGCGUCGCGUGUGCGAGGACGAGGAAGACGACGACGACGACGAAGGCUUUGUUGUGCCAGACCACGAGCCAAUACGGGAGGAGAGCGAUGACGAGGAUGCGUUCCAAGCUGCCGCCCGAUCGGCCAGAGCGCACCGCAAGGCGCCGGCCAAGAGGCUGAGUGAGCCAAUCACUCUGGACGCAAGAAUGGCAGAGCUCGAUGAUGUGCACGCCGACAUUGUGGAGCAAUUCGUGGCGGAGGGGAAGAAGGAAUGCAUGAAGAUCCGCCACCAGCUGCAGCUGCGCUCGCAGCCGUUCUCGGAUACGGUGCUCCGCGAAAUGGCAGUCAACUGGCCGGCCGACCUGAAGGCGAUGGAGAAGAUACCGGGCAUCUCCCAGCUGAGCAUCGACGCGCACGGCGCACGCAUCAUGCGGAUCCUGGAGAAGUACAAGACCUUCUACGACGAUGCCACGCGCCAGGGCGAGGAGGUUGUCGAGGAUCCCAACAAGCGGAUCGUCAACGUGAUCGAUCUCUGCUCGGACGAGGAGUUUGGCAGCGACAUUGAUCUCACCGCCGACGACAACGACGACGACGAUGAUGAUGACGAGGAAGAAGAAGAUUCAGGCCCGCUGCAGACAUCAGGCUACUUUUCAAACAACUCCCGUCGUCCCGCAGACAGACCCGCAGAGGGAGGCCGACGAGAGCAGACGGACCGCCAGCGGGAGCGAGACAACGCGAUGGUCUACCACGACAUGUCCGCAGCGGCCUACGAGCAACGCCCCGCCUAUCCGUAUGCGCGUCACGGUGGUGCCGCACAGACAAAAGGUCGGGCAGCAGCAGCAGCAUCAGCGAGUAGUGGUGGCGCCGCCCGUGGACAGUGGAAGAAGGGGUUCAAGACUGGUGGUGGUGGUGGUGGAGCGAGAUCCAGGACGUCGUCGUCGUCGGGGGCAGGGGGCAGUUUUAAGAAGGGGAGGAGUGCGGCUGCGGCUGCUGUCAAGAGACAUAGUGGUGGAGGGUCGUCGAUGCAUAGACGAGCUCUGGGCGGUGGUGGUGGGGGGAUUGGCAUGAUGCCGGUUUGAUUGAAAGAAGAGGUUGUGGAGAUUAUGUAGCUGUAGCAGAUGUAUCUGCGGCAGAUGUAUCUGCGGCAGUCGGGUGUCAUGCAUACACGUUUUGACGUAGCGUACGUAGUGGUAUAUGUAUAUUAUCUUAUUGUGUCUGCCACACGCUCAAUCGCGCGAGAAGUGGCG